AUGGCAGAAUCAGAACCUUUACUGCAAGAGAAAAUGGAGGUCCCUCACUCAACUUUCACGUUAGCCAAACCGGAUCGGCGAGGUCGAAUACUCCCGCAGGCCAUUGCGCAUCGAGGAUAUAAAGCCGCGAAUCCGGAGAAUACCAUGGGCGCAUUCAGAGGUGCUGUUGAAGUGGGCGCGCAUGCGAUAGAAACCGAUUUGCACAUUUCGAAGGACGGGGUCUUACUUAUCUCACAUGAUCCAAGCCUUAAGAGAUGUUUUGGAAAGGAUGAAAAGAUCAUAGAUUGCGACUGGUCAUACAUAUCUACCCUUCGAACUGUCCAGGCCCCUCACGAAUCGAUGCCCCGCCUGAGAGAUCUCUUGGAAUACCUCGCUACACCUGGACUAGAAGAUAUAUGGAUAUUAUUAGAUAUUAAGGUAUCUUUGCCAUAUGUAUUACAGUUCUCGGAAGGAAAUUCGGCUGACGAAAGCCAAAAGCUUGAUAAUAAUGCAGAUCAAAUAAUGAGUUUAAUUGCUUCAACGAUUAAAGAGGUGGAACCAACUAGACCUUGGAAUCAGAGAAUUCUAUUGGGCUGCUGGGCGGCCAAGUACAUUCCUCUUUGCGCCAUUUACCUCCCCGAUUUCCCCAUCACGCACAUCGGAUUCUCAAUAGGAUAUGCGAGACAGUUUCUAUCCGUACCAAAUAUAAAUUUCAAUAUAUUACGCCAGAUUUUAGUCGGACCUGGCGGAUCUAAAUUCCUGGCCGAUACCAGAGAUGCGAAACGAUCCAUGUUUGUAUGGACCGUUAAUGAAGAGCAAUGGAUGAGAUGGAGUAUCGAGAAUGAAGUAGAUGGAGUUGUCACUGAUGAUCCCAAGAAGUAUCUGGAAGUAUGUGAAGAAUAUGAUCCUGCAAAUCCGAACAAGGUUGCCUUCGGACUCAAGGAUUGGAUGUUGAUUUGCAACAAAUCAAGUACUGAAGCUCACUAUCUUGUGGACUGUCGAAAGUGCCAAGGCCAGGAGAGAGACAACUUUGUGGUAUUGUGGGUGGAAAGGGAGAACGGGUUUGAUUUUGAUAGUGGUAUAGUUGACGCAGAGAAAGGGACCUGGAAGAAGGGUGCGGAUAAUAACUUUAUGUUGGGGAUAGGAAGGUUUGAUAUCGUGACGAACGGGAAUCAGAGGGGUAGAGAGAAGAGUGUUAGGGUAUAUCAAGAUGGAACGGAAGAGGCACGACGCGAGAAGAAAGGGCUGAGGAAUGCCUCUCCAGAUAUCUAUGCAACUAAUAUGGCUAGAUUCGAUGCAGGAUCUAACGACGACGUAUCUAACCUUGGCGCAUAUCGACAGACUAACGAAGGUGCAUACGAUUCUGAGCCCGACGCACCGAGAGCCCAAAGUUUUCCGGCUAAGAGCAAAUCCAGAAUACCAAAUGUAUUCGGAAGUCUGAAGAAAAUGAUAGUCCGGCCCAAGAGUGAGCAGGAUACAGGCGCAACAGGUGAGAAUAAACUGCCCGCCGCACAGAGUCAUGUCAAACAAGGGCUCAAUAGAUCUAAUACGACCGCAGGUAUUUUGCGAGGAGGCAAGAAGAUCGAAGGCCAGGAUGAAAAUAUUUAUUUGUCAGGAUUGACAGAUGAUCGGAGGAUCGAUGAUGCUACAGGGUAUGUAUAUAUUACGCCUCGAGAAGCUAUAGACCUCCACUUUCAGGGUGUAGUUGCGGGCUCUGGCGGUGCCGAAACAGCGAUAUCAAAAACGACAUCGGCGCCUAUCGAUAUACCUCAGAACCGUCGUACUCAUGAAUCGAAUUCCGAGUGGCAUGCGAGGCGUUACAGGAACGAUAUCGCUUCGAGUCCCUUUGCUGAUGAAUAUGAAAUUCAUGAUGCAGAAAACAGCCACCAUAGAAGGACAAAUCCUACAAAUACUCACGCGACUCCAGCGCCAUCAGAAAGACGGACCCAGGAUACCCACUCGAGCAGACCCCGAAAAAUAAGCCGAGAGACUGAAUUCUCGCAGUCUGAUAAGGCACGAUUGGAGAGGAUCAUCACGUCUAGCGAUGGAGAUACCUUGAAUUUAACACCGCAUAAUAUCGGUGAUGUACUUGCGGUUCUCAAAGGAAAUUUUGGGACUUCGUUGCCUUCGUCGUCUUUUCAUAUAUCUCCUCGGCAUCAUGUUGUGGAUCGUCCGGUUCAUUCUAGGAGUACUGAGGCGUUGUCGAUGCCGAUCCCUGAACCUUUUCGGCCUCAUGCUUUGGAUCAUCCGGGUCAUUCUCAGAGUAUUGAAGCGUCGCCUGUACCUAUACCUCCUCGGCACCAUGCUGUGGAUCAUCUGGUUCAUUCUCAGAGUAUUGAAGCGUCGCCUGUACCUAUACCUCCUCGGCCCCAUGCCUUGCAUCCUCAGGGUCUCAGUGCCAGUUUACCAUAUACUCGAGGAUCUGAGGAGAGGGUUGAGGGAGCUCAGUGGAUGCAGGGAAAUGUUUUGGAGAAAGUGCCUUCUGCGCCUUCGCAGCAUACCACGACUUUCGUUGAGCCCCCGAGGCGCGACAAUGCGCCGAAUAGGAACAAUACGACGAAGAAACCCUCUUGGAGUUUUGCUUUACCUAAGAGGAGUAAUACAGCGGAUGUGAUACAUCCCCGACACCCUCUAUCUAAUCAAGUUACUCGGAGCACCACCCUCGAUGACGUUUCCCAGAAACAGACAAGAAAUAACCCUGUGUUGCCAAAUAUUCAAGAGCCGCUACAAGAAACUAUUCCUGGCCCUCGAUACUCUACUAUCCCGAUAUCCCCACCUGUUAGCCCUAAGAAUAGUGAGAAAGGUUGGCAAUCAGCUCGACAUCGGAACAAGUUGUCUACUCCGGCGUCAAAGCCCGAACCCUGUACCAAUUUAUUAGUGCAGGAUCAAGCUCCGGUUAAUGACAGAUCGUCUAUAAUGACAACAUUUUCGCAAUUUAUACCAUCGCGCAAUGAGGAACUCGAUGAAGAAAUUGCAACGAGCGGCGUCCCUGCCAAAAUAUCCAGAAAGGCAUCUCGGCGACGACUGUUUGGUCCAAAUUCGGAGAAUCAAACUCGGAAUCAAAAGAUUUCUGAGGUUCCUGCAAUCCCUAAAACUUAUGCAAAUAAUACGAGGGUUCUUCCUAAGAUUGGUAGGGAUGUGACUGGGAGGUUUUCUGUAGAGCAUAUUGAACAGGAACAGCCGGGAGUUGUAUUACAUUAUGGGGAUGAGGGAGUGUCGGUGAAAGUGUCGGUGGAAGUACCAGUGGAAGUACCAUCAGAAGUACCAGCAGAUAUGGACGAGAACCAUACGAAAGGUACUUGGGCCGUGGCGUUGGGGAUUAAAACCGCUGAUGUGAGUCCAUGUAGCUCAGUGGAGGAUCUGAAUGGGGCUAUGAGUCCGAUUAGUCCUCUGGGAGGAUUAGAAGAUGGGAGGGGUUGGAGUGAUGAUGGGGGUGGGAAAGUAUGCUUGAGUUCGGAGACUUGUCAACUGGAGCGGGAAUCACUGCCAGGACAAUCAUAUCCAUUGAGGGCUUCACCACCACCACCACCAGGAUUUCCCUCUGCAUUCUCCUCGAUUCCACCCCCUAAUUUUCCACAGCCACCUCCUCAGCCCCCUCAUCCCCCUCCUCCACCUUUCGAUCCACCACAAAUCCCUCCUCCUCAAUCACAAUCACAACCACAUCCCUUCCAGCAUGAACCCCCCACCUACACCAGUUUCCUUCCGACCUCCACAGAUACACAGCCACACAUCGACCCAACCAUGCCUAUCAUCCGCCCCCUACAAAUACGCAAAAACAAGAAUAUUCGACCGCCAGUUCCAGCAACGGAAGAAGAUCCGCGCGAAAUUCAUAUUCGGAGGAGACAGAAAGAGCAGCUGGAGGAAGAAUUUAGGAAGGCGGACGAGAGGUUGCGGGCGUUGAGGGAUGGGAGGUAUGAGAGGGGGGGUUUGUGA